GGUGGGGGGGUCGGGGUCACCCCAAAGCUCGGUGUCCCCCCCCAGGCAUCACCAACCCCAAGCUGCCCAAGGAUGGCGCCAAGCACUUCACCUUCGACCACUCCUACUGGUCCCACACCUCGGAGGAGGACCCCAACUUCGCCUCGCAGCGCCGCGUGUACCAGGACAUCGGCGAGGAGAUGCUGCAGCACGCCUUCGAGGGCUACAACGUCUGCAUCCUGGCCUACGGCCAGACCGGCGCCGGCAAGUCCUACACCAUGAUGGGGCGGCAGGAGCCGGGGCAGCGCGGCAUCAUCCCGCAGCUCUGCGAGGAUCUGUUCGCCCGCAUCGCCCGGGAGGGGUCAGCCGAGCUUUCCUUCUCUGUGGAGGUGAGCUACCUGGAGAUCUACUGCGAGCGGGUGCGGGACCUGCUGAACCCCAAGAGCCGGGGGGGGCUGCGGGUGCGGGAGCACCCCCUGCUCGGGCCCUACGUGCAGGACCUGUCGCGCCUGGCCGUCGCCUCCUUCGCCGACAUCGCCGACCUCGUGGACAGCGGCAACAAGGCCAGGACGGUGGCGGCCACCAACAUGAACGAGACGAGCAGCCGCUCGCACGCCGUCUUCACCAUCGUGUUCAGCCAGCGCCGGCAGGACCCGCUCAGCGACCUCAGCUCCGAGAAGGUCGGGGGGGGGUCCCGAGGCUCGCCCUAAAUGCGUCCCACCCGC